GCAGCUGCUCUUUGCUCCCCGGGGCCUCUUGCAGGACACGCACUUUUGCACAUGUCCUGCAGCUCCUCGCACUCCACAGCCUUUCCAGGGUCUCCUGACCCACCUCGCUCCCUCUAUUCCCAAACUUAACAUUUCCAGUGGAAUUAGCAAAUCAAUUGCAACUUUAACAAUUGGAAACACCCACCCAGGGCUGUUCUACACUUUAUUCUAUUUGGUGUUUGGCUUUCAGCCUUUCUCCGCCUCUUAUGUAUCAGGAAGGAUGUGAGGUCAGGUUUCGUCCCUGCUGCUGAACCACCCAUCCCCUGCAUUUCCCUCAGCCCUCGGAGGAGCGAGCAGCCCGGCUCUGUCAGCGGCACCAUCCCAUAGAAAACCAUGCUACAACCCACCUCUCUCAUCGGUGCUGGAGCUGCAAGCACUGCAAGUGUUGCAGGUGCCAGCCUGGUGUUGCACAACACUAGGGAGUAUGUGGCGCUCAAGUUUCUGUUCACCAAGAGCAUCCCUGGUCACGGGGACAUCUUCGAGGAGGUGUCAGAAAGUGAGUUGCAACCUGGGGACAUCUUGCUCUUCCCCAUGGACAGAAGCAAUGACAUCGUCAGCAGGAUCCUCUUCAAACAUGCAGCCGUCUACUGUGGGGAUGGAGAGGUCAUACACUUCCAGGGUGCCGGCACUCCAAACAGCACUGCUUUGAUCAGCAGUCAGACGACUCCCGGUCUGAUCAGCAAACAAGGCUACACAGCCCUGAAAAAGGACAGGGGGAACUGUCAGAUUUACCGGAAAAAAGGUGGUGUUGAUCUCAGAGCUUUCAGGAGCAGACUCAGGAAGGCAAUGAACAGCGAAGCCGAGUAUUCCCUCUAUAAAAACAACUGCAUCCACUUCGCCCUCUCCCUCCUGGGCUUGGAGAAGUUCUACUCACAACUGGUGCAAAUCCAAGAUGAAGGUGGCAGCAGCUGUAGUGGUAGGGCUGUGAGUAUCCUCAUGUCAGCCCCCCUGGCAGGGGUUGGGGUCCCUGGGAGGAAUGUGGGGUCCAAGGGAGGUCUGAGUCACCAGAAGAAUUGGGUCCUCAAUGAGGGAUGGGUUCCCCUGGGAUGCCACGGUGGUCGUAGGAGGGCUAGAGGCUCCCAGGAGGGCUGUGGGAUCUCUCAGAGGGCUUUGGGGUCCCUGGGAGUGCUGUGGGUUCUCUCAGAGGGUUUCGGGGUCCCCAGCAGGGCUGUGGGGCCCCCAGCAGGGCUGGGCUCCAGAUGCCAGUGCUGCCAGGGGACCUAUCUGCACGGGCUGGGAAGGGCAGGGCAGGGGCUCAGGGGACCGUCCCCCUUUUCCAGGCCAUCCCAUGCUCCCCCAGCCGGGUGGGGCAGGGGAGCAGCCACACGGCGUGAGGGGUGGCAGCCCCAUGUCCCUGGAGGAUGGUCCCCCCCAACCCUCAGCAUCGCCCCGCGCACCCCAACAACUCGCCCAGGGAAGGAGCUUUUCUUUGGGAGGGUGGGGGACAUUGCUUUCUGCUUCCUGGAGCUUAAUUGCCAUGUGCUAAUCAGAUGUUUUAUUAAAUUUUGCUACCUGAAAUGUGCCUGAUUUUGCAUUCCUGCCUCAGUCCUGCCUGGUGGGAUGAGAGAGCUGCCCGGCUGCCACCAGCCUCUGGGGCUUUUUACCUGUGCAGGAUGAUAAUGACUGAAACACCCGUCAAUAUCAGUAAUUACCAGUAAAGAACAAUAAUAACAGCAACAAUCAGCAUCUCUGUCAUAAACUAAAUAAUACAGUACAAAACAUUUGAUACAGUACAAAACUUUUGGUGACUGACAGGAAUGGUGGCAUGUCUGUGAGGAUGGUGGCUUGGUGGGAAUGGUGGUAUCCUCCUGAACAUGUCGGUUCUGGGGACGACUGUGUCCCUGUGAGGAUGCUGGGUCAGUGGGGACAUUGGCAUCCCCAUGAGGACAUCAGCCCUGUGCGGAUGGCUGCAAUGCCACGAGGAUGCCCUGUGUAUAGGGACAAGACACAGAGCCCUUCCCUGCUCCCCUCCCUGAGAUGGGAAAAUGCCACCACUGAUGCCUUUUCUCAAGAACAUCCAUCCACACCAAGGACGAAGGACCUACAAGGUCAAGUCCACCCAGUGCUGCUGUUGUGUCACCCAUGGUAUGACACUCGGCCUGAGCCACCAUCACCAGAAGGUCCCAGGGGGAUCCUUGGGGUGGCCCUACAGACGGUGGCAGGGCUGUGGACCCAAUCUUCCUCCCGGCACCAUCUGUGCCUGAGGUUGGCUUUGGGGUUGGGGUUGGGUUGCAGUCACCAUUCCGAUGCCUGUCCCAGAACUCUUCUGCUCUCCUGCUGGAGACAUCAAACCCCUCUGAGGGACUCCACAGCCCUCAUGGGGAUCCUCCAGCCCUCUGAGGACCACAGUGGCAUCCCAGGGGAACCCAUCCCUCAUUG